UAUACCCCAAACAAACCAAAUAUACUUAAUCAUUUUGUUUGCUUUGGUUAUGUAUAUGCUGAAGCUUGUUGCUAGGCAACUAUCGGCUAGUCCCUUCCUUCCUUCCUUCCUUCCAUGCGUCCAUCCACCUUUCCUCGCUUCCUUGCUCUCUACUCCCUCUCUCUCUUCUCAGCAUCAGCCCCCACCUCCUCUGCCGCAACUCACGCACGCUUUACGUGCCUUGUCAUCACGCACUGGUACAGAUUCGGGCUUGCAUCUCGCGUGGUGCUUUUCCAGCCCGGAGGCGGAUUCACGCCAGAAAACACGCAGAGGCGUCAUCAAAACGUGGACUGAUGAGAUGGUGGUUUCAAGUGCGGCUUGAUGCUAAAUAUGCAUCGUCCGGAUGGCGGAGGAGGGUGCAGUGAGCUCAACGUCCGGGGCACUUAACGAGGCGAGUGGACGUGAUGCCCGCGUGACUGCGGGGAGGCAAAGCGGCUGCACACCAGGCGGACUUGUCACUCUUCGAUCUCCGCGAUCAUUUAUCAAUCGAGAUCGAAAACUGGCUCACGUUGACUAGGUGAGAGAUCUUGUUCUUUUCUCUCUCUCUCGCUCUCUCUCUCGGUGGUCCGAAGAGAAGGUCGGCCGAUGCUCCGCCCAGGAGGAGAACACUACCGCACACAAGCGGCCCACAGGCUGAGAGAGAUGAAAGUCUGUCCGUUUUUCUUCUUUUGGGAUGUUUGACAACGUGAGGCCUCCCGCUGCUUGCCGCAAUGUCAUCUGCGAGAGAGUGGAAGUAGGAGAAAGAAAGAGGGGGGAAAAAUCCAAGUAAGCGUGCAAACGUGUCCAUGUGAGCCACACAGAGGAGUCUUAUUGCAGGAGGAGGAGCUGUGAGCUGUAUUGACUUAUACAGCCAUGGCUGCAACAGUCAAAUGAGCGGUUUGUGUGCUUCAUUCUCAACUUUCUGCUGAGCAGGCUCACAAUGUUCAGCCAGCCUUAAGAACUAUAAAUUGAGUCCCAACCUCCUCCCAUUACAUCUCCAAUAUGCCCUCGCCGUCAGACUCCAGCAGCGUGGCGUCCGCUUCGGGGUCUCGGGGCUGGUCGGACAGCCGCCGGGGCAUCUCGGGGCGAGGCCCCGGGGGGGCGCGCUUGCUCCUCUACCUGGGUCUGUGCCACCUGGGCCUGGGGGCCAUGGUGCUGGCCUUCUCCUUCACCAGCAUGGCCUUCACCUCAUCAGCUCGCGUGAGGCAGUCCUGUCCCUUCUGGGCUGGAUUUUUUGUGGUGGCAUCCGGAAUAGUCGGCAUUAUUUCGUGGAGGAGACCUUUAACGCUGGUGGUGUCUCUGUUCAUGCUGCUGUCUGCGGUGUGCGUGAUCCUCAGCCUGGCCGGCUCCAUGCUCUCCUGUCAGAAUGCACAGAUGGUCAAGUCCAUGCUCACAUGCCAGGUGGAGAAUGGUCGAUGCGUGUGUUGCGCACUUGGCGAAUCCUGCUCCAGCAAAGAGGAUGGAACCCUCGUCCUCAACCUAAAUUCGGACUGCCACUCAGUCCGGCAUCAACUGAAGGACUUGUUGUUUAGCGCUUGUGGUCUCAGCAUUCUAUCCACCAUCAUCUGCACUCUGUCCACGGUCACUUGCAGCAUCCACAUUUUCUCCCUGGACCUCAUCCAUUUGCUGGCGCCUCACCGUUCUCGUUCCGUCAACCCGGAAUGCACCACGCCUCAGGACGCCUUCCUGACCAACAUCAUGGACUUCGAAGAGUUUGUUCCACCCAUUCCGCCACCCCCUUACUAUCCUCCCGAGUACACUUGCAGCUCUGAGACAGACGCCCAAAGUAUCACCUACAACGGGUCCAUGGAGAGCCCCAUUCCGCUCUACCCGACGGACUGUCCUCCUCCCUACGAGGCCGUGAUGGGACAAAGAGCUGCCAGCCAGGCAACAAUGUUCGACCAACACGGCGUUGAGUUGUCCGGCGAGCGAGUGACUUCAACAGCUUUUAGUGGAGAAGUCUCCAUGGACAGCGGAUCUCUGCUCAUGUCAGAGAUCGUGGACAUCCCAGACGAUUCGUCCCCAUCCGAGGACUCCUGCCUGCUGGAGGUGGCGCUGAGGAAUCACGGCGGCAGGGCCGGCAGGGCGGCCAGCGAGGCGAGCGACGGACCGGACAGCGGAGCGGACCGUCCCGGCCUCCGUUGUCCUCGCUCCCAGACACCGGAAAGCCCUCUGGCAGGGGGACCCAGAGCCAGAUGCUUUCUCAGAGGAGAGAGGUCCAACUCUUGCUCUUCGCCCAGUACUGCAACCACCACAUACAGGUCUCCAGCGUUGCGGCGUCAAGCAUCGCUAGUUCGAAGCUGUUCCCAACUGGAGGUUGUAGCGGGGUCAACCUCGCGACAGCAAACCUGCAUACCGGACAUCCGAGUUCGUCCCUCCACUCCUUUACACCGAGCGACUGCCCGUGACUCCUCGGAUCCCCAAAACAACGAGCAGUGCGUUGACCAGAGCAAAGGACCUCCAUUACAGCACCAGACUCUGUACCUGCGACGGCGGGGUGGGAGGAAUAAGGGCGAGGGCAACAGAAAUGACGGUGACGGCCUCCUGCGCAUCUUGAGGUCACACAGUGAGCCAGGCCUCAGCUCCUCUUCAGCUCCAGCUGACUUGAGCUUUGGGUGCAGCAAAGCUUCUCCAGACAUAGGUCCAUCCUCUGAGGCAUUGCCAGUCCCCCGUACAUCUUUGCCUCCAGCUACCGCUUUGCCAAAAAAAGACAACGUGAAGUCCACAGAUCCGGGGGUCCAAGUUCCCUCCAAAGGCCCGCCUGUGUCACCCUUGCGGUUACCCAGAGAAUAUCACCGCUCGCUUGGAGACCUCAAGGUGACACGAGUUCUGGUUGCUCGCUUCCUGCAGCGCUCCAAACGUAACCUUUCGCCCUCCUCGGAGCACGCUGGGGGUACAGGGCAAAUACCAAAAAGGAGGGGAGGGGCCGAGGGCACCGCCACAAACCAUCUGUCUUUGGAGCAAGUUUGGCGGGCCCCUUGGAGCACCAGUCGAGGUCAACCCAACCACCACGCCCACCAGCGCACCCACCAUCACUCCCACAGCGACAGCAGACACAACCGCAGGCACAGCGGCCGCGCCCCGGAGGGCAUCCACCUGCGCAGCUGUGGGGAUCUGAACUCCUCGUCCUCCGUGUCCGUACGCCGAUUAGUGUCGCCUCACCUGCAUCGUGGAUCCUCGGGAGCACUCUACUCAGAGUCUGCACUGUGACGAGAAGGACGGUGAAGAGUUUUUGAGUAUCAGUCAGACAUCUGAGACCUAUCAACUCCAAAGUCUUCUGGCCUUACUCAAUAAGUUCUG